AUGGCUAGACACUUCUCCGUCCGCCUGGCGAUCUUACUUCAAUCACGAAUUGACACCCACAGAAUGUCGUCCAAGCCGCAGUCUCAAGCCCCGACAAUAUAUCUCAUCCGCCAUGGUGAGAAGCCACCUAAAUCCCCCAAUGGCGACGACGAGGAUGGUCUGUCUGCUCUCGGUCUCAGUCGUGCUCAGGCACUUGUCAAUGUAUUUUCCCGAGAGAGUAAAUACAACAUUGGCUACAUCAUCGCACAACACCCUAAGAAAGAUGGCAGUCAAAAUAGACCGUACCUUACUGUGAGCCCGCUCGCCGAGUCACUCAAACCGCAUGUCGACUUCAACCACGAAAUUCACCGCGACGAUGCGGACAAGGUAGCCCAAGCAGCAUUGGGGUAUACAGGAACAGGAAACGUCUUGAUAUGCUGGGAGCAUCAUCAUCUCACGGACAUUGCAAGCGCAAUCGGCGUGGUAGAUGCGCCAGCCUAUCCUGAUGAUCGGUACGACGUUAUCUGGACGCUCGAGUCCCCCUACGAUAAGAUUUCAAGCGUGACAUCGGAGCACUGUCAGGGACUGGAUGACCAGUAUGCAAAUGAAGCAUAA